AUGCCUUCACUAUUGAAUCUCGGAGUGACUGUCGCGCUUUCUGCGACUGGUCUUCUCGCACACCCACUUUCCAAUGCGCAACUGGUUUCGAGAGCAGAAGAUGUCCUCCCAGAAUACGAUUAUGUGAUUGUAGGCGCCGGCGCUUCGGGUCUCACAGUUGCCAAUCGACUAUCCGAGGAUCAGGAUGUAAGCGUAUUGGUCAUCGAGGCUGGCGAUUUCGACCAAAACGAGGAUUAUGUCACCAUUCCAGGCCUAGCAGGCGGUGCUGUUGGAACAAAGUACGAUUGGAAUAUCACCUACGCCGCGGAUGAAGGGUUGGACGGUCGCGUUGUUUCCAUCCCGCAAGGCAAAAUUGUGGGCGGAUCGACGAAACUCAAUCGCAUGGUCUUUGAUCGUGGAGCGCGAUCUGAUUAUGACGGAUGGGAGACAUUAGGAAACGAGGGUUGGAACUUUGAAACAUUCCUGCCGUAUUUCAAAAAGAACGAGAACUUUACGCCACCGACACCGGAGAUCGAAGCAGAAUAUAACAUCGAAGUCAAUCCCGAAUACCACGGAGACAAAGGAUACAUGCAAACAACUUACUCUCCCUUCUUUUGGCCUACAACGAAAAAUAUAAUGCAAGCUACCAAGGAACUCGGUAUCUCUGUCAACGACCAAGCAACUGGGAACGCAUUCGGUGGUUACUUUUGCCCACAUAACCUGGACCUGAAGACUGCAACACGAUCCUCUGCGGAAGAAGCCUAUUAUGCAUCUGCUGAAGCGCGCACAAACUACCACAUUCUUACCGGCAACCUCGUAUCGCGUAUCCUGACAGAAAAAUGCAACGAUACCGAAGCGGUGAAGGUUACCGGCGUUGAGUUCUCGACCUCUGCAAAUGCGACUCGUCAACAGACUAAAGCCAAGCGGGAAGUCAUUCUUGCUGCUGGAACGCUGCACACGCCUCAACUGCUGCAAGUGUCUGGUAUUGGUGAAGCUUCUCUGCUCGAGUCAAUCAACGUUGAAACAGUUGUUGAUCUUCCUGCCGUUGGAUACAACCUGCACGAUCAUCUCUCUAUUGCCGUAGUGAACAUACUAAACACCACCAUCCUGACCAACACCCUGACAACAAACACUACCUUCGCCGCGCAAGCUCGCGAGCAGUACGACAAUGACAGAUCUGGCCCACUGACCUCCCCGACCGGCGAUUUCCUUCUUUUCUUGCCAGUUCAAACCUACUCCAACGCCACGCAAUCCAUUUUGUCUCAGGCUGUCGCUGGUGGAUCAUCCGCCUCCCUCCCACCCAACACGCCCGCUGAAGUCGCACGAGGCUAUGAAGCGCAAUUUGAUUCUCUUAAUAAGAAGCUCCAGGCUAAUGACUCCGCAAUGAUGGAGGUCAUCUGGGCUGACGGCGUCAUGGUUCUCGGACUCCAGCAUCCAUACUCGCGUGGAAGUGUAAAGGCAAGUUCGUCCAGCAUGUUCGAUGCUCCGGUCGCCGAUGUGGGAUUUCUACGCAACGAAGUCGAUACUGUACUAUUGCGCGAAGGUGUGCACUUUGCUCGAAGACUCGCUGCUGCGCCGUCCAUUCUCUCGCUCAACCCCUUCGAAGUCUCGCCCGGAAGCAAUGUCACCGCCAACACGGACAUCGACGCUUUUAUCCGCAGUACUGCGUCGACACUUUACCAUCCCGCAGGUAGCUGCAAGAUGGGUUCCAGAGAAGAUGGUGGUGUCGUGGACCAGAACCUCAGGGUUUACGGCGUGGAGGGCUUGAGGAUUGUGGACGCAAGUGUAAUGCCCAUCUUGCCAGCUUCCCAUAUCAUGACCACUGUUUAUGCAACUGCGGAAAAGGCAGCGGAUAUCAUUAAGGAAGCUGCGAAGGAGAAGCGUAAGGUAUGA